AUGAGUUUCCUCCUUACCAAGAGAGCAACUUCACUCAAGAAGUCUCAAUUAUCCACCCUCCUUGCCAAAUCAUUCUCCACCUCAAUUCCAAUCUCGCAAGAAAAAAAAUUGAACAAAUAUUCUUCCAUCGUCACCAAUGAUCCUUCUCAAGGUGCAUCCCAAGCCAUGCUUUAUGCCACCGGUUUCUCCGAUGCCGAUUUCUCCAAGGCCCAAAUCGGGGUUGGUUCCGUCUGGUGGUCGGGAAAUCCAUGUAAUAUGCAUCUUAUGGAAUUAAACAAUAGAUGUAGUGAAUCGGUGAAUAAAGCCGGUUUGAAAGCUAUGCAAUUCAAUUCAAUUGGUGUUAGUGAUGGGAUCACCAAUGGGACCGAAGGGAUGAGAUAUUCAUUACAAUCACGUGAGGUUAUUGCUGAUUCUUUUGAAACUAUGAUUAUGGCACAAUUAUAUGAUGGGAAUAUUGCUAUUCCAUCUUGUGAUAAGAAUAUGCCAGGGACUUUGAUGGCUAUGGGUAGACAUAAUAGACCUUCGAUUAUGGUGUAUGGUGGGACUAUUUUACCUGGGUCUCCAACUUGUGGUACUAAGAACCCAGCGGUUGCUGAUAAGAUUGAUAUCAUUAGUGCAUUCCAAUCAUAUGGACAAUAUUUAUCAAAACAAAUUACUGAUGAAGAAAGAGUGGAUAUUGUUAAGCAUGCAUGUCCUGGCCCUGGUGCUUGUGGUGGGAUGUAUACUGCUAAUACCAUGGCUUCAGCUGCUGAAGUUAUGGGGAUGACAUUACCUUUCUCUUCAUCCGCUCCUGCUGUUUCUAAGGAAAAAGCAGCUGAAUGUGCUAGUGUUGGUGAAGCCUUAAAGAAUUUAUUGAUUAUGGAUUUGAAACCAAGAGAUAUCUUGACUAAGAAAUCAUUUGAAAAUGCAAUUGCCUAUAUUAUUGCCACUGGUGGAUCUACAAAUGCUGUUUUACAUAUUAUUGCUAUUGCCAGUUCUGUUGAUAUUGAAAUUACUGUGGAUGAUUUCCAAAGAAUUUCCGAUACAACUCCAUUAUUAGCUGAUUUCAAACCAAGUGGUAAAUAUGUGAUGGCUGAUUUACAAAAGUAUGGAGGUACACCAGCAGUCAUGAAAUACUUAAUGCAAGAAGGUUUCAUUGAUGGUGAACAAUUAACCGUCACUGGUAAAUCAAUUAAAGAAAACUUGAGCAAACUUUCCGGCUUACCAAUUGAACAAGAUAUCAUUCGUCCAAUUUCUAAUCCAUUAAAACCAAGUGGUCAUUUACAAAUCUUAAAAGGUACACUUGCCCCAGGAUCUGCAGUUGGGAAAAUCACCGGUAAAGAAGGGACUUAUUUCAAAGGAAAAGCCCGCGUUUUCGAUGAUGAACAUGCAUUCAUUACUGCUUUAGAAAAGGGAGAAAUCAAAAAAGGUGAAAAGACAGUUUGUGUAAUUAGAUAUGAAGGUCCAAAGGGUGGUCCAGGUAUGCCAGAAAUGUUAAAACCAUCAUCUGCAUUAAUGGGAUAUGGUUUAGGAAAAGAUGUUGCCCUUUUAACUGAUGGAAGAUUUUCAGGGGGAUCUCAUGGUUUUUUGAUUGGACAUAUUGUUCCAGAAGCUGCUGAAGGUGGUCCAAUUGCUUUGGUGUAUGAUGGGGAUGAGAUUGUUAUUGAUGCUGAAAAUAAUAAAAUUGAUUUAUUGGUUGAUGAAGAUGUUUUGGCUGAAAGAAGAAAGAAAUGGAGUGCUCCUGAACCUCGUUAUAAGAGAGGUACUUUAGCUAAGUAUGCUAAAUUGGUUAGUGAUGCCUCAAAGGGUUGUGUUACUGAUUUAGUUUAG